CUUUAACCCUGUUUUAGGGUGAGAGGCGACACACAUGGGAAGCACAGCACAGCUAUGGUGGACAGAAUGCGGCAUUUUACCAACUAGUUUAAAUUAACCACAGCCAGAAAAUGCAUUUUUUCUACAGAAUCCUCACACUGCUUAUUGUAGUGGUCUUACUUUACUUGUGGACAAAAAUAAUUCACGUGAUCUCCAACCAGCAAACAGGUGAUACAUGUUCAAAAAUGUCUGUAACUGUGUGUGUUAUUGUUUCUGUGACUGUGUGCAAACAUGUGAGUGUGUGUGUUUGUCUCUGUGUUUCUGUGAUUGUGUGCAAACAUGUGAGUGUGUCUGUGUGUGUGUGUGUGUACUUGUGAAUGUGUAUUGAUGUAAUAAAAAUGAUUUACUAAAGAUAUUAUUAUUAUUAUUUAUAAAGUACCAACAUAUUCCGCAGUGCUGUUUAAUUGCCUUUAUCUUUUGGCAAUAAACAUUAGUAUAACUUUGUAAUUAGUUCAUAGAGAUAUUUCAUACUUUCUUUUUCCCCAUUUGGAUGGCUGUGUAUGGCAGGAGUGCUGAAAAAUAUAUAAUAUAAUAAUAUAACCAGAUGUAUCCCUGUUUAGUAUAUAUAUUGCAGUAAUGAACUGAAUAUAUUGCAAUUUACAGUGUCUAUAAAUGCACACAGUUAAAGGGACACUAUGGUCACCAGAACAACUACAGCUUAUUGUAUUUGUUCCGGUAAGUAGAAUCAUUCCCUUUUUGCAGUAAAUACUUUUCAGAGUAAAAGCAGUGUUUACAUUACAGCUUAGGGGUACCUCCACUAGCCACUCCUUAGGUGGCUGCUAGAGGUGCUUCCUGGGGCACUGCUGCACAGAGUGACUGUCAUUCAGUGUCUACACCCUCUGCAUGCAGAUAUUGAACUUUCCUCAUAGAGAUGCAUUCAUUCAAUUCAUCUAUAUAAGGAGAUGCUGAUUGGCAAUCGUGGCAUUUGUCUCCGCAUGCUGCCCCACCUCCUUGGCAAUCUCAGCCAAUCCAAUGCUUCCUAUGUGAAAUCAUUGUGAUUGGCUGAGAUCAUAAUUUCUGAUGAUGUCAGCCAAGUAGGGAGAUCAGGUGCAGAGUCUGAGUGGAAUAAAAAUAAGAUUUUACUAUAUUUAGAGGUGGGGGGAGGGGACUAGAUAGUGAUUUUACCACUAUAGGGUCAGGAAUAUAUGUUUGUGUUUCUGACCCUAUAGUGUUCCUUUAAAGCUAGUGACUGCAUUACAUGGAAUGACUCUGUACGACACUUUGGAUUAAUGUCUAUACGUGCGCGUUAUUGUGUUUUGACUACUUGCUUAUUCUAAUUAAAGAUACAGUAAAGCCAUAUAAAAAGCGGACCUUGUGAAGUUAAUUUGUUGUAAAUUAUUACUUCAAUUCAGUAUGAUUUAAAAUCAAUAGUGGAUACAGGACUGACAUUCAUUUUAACCCUGAUAUAAAUUUACAGUCCCACUCCCUCCCACCACCCAAUCCAACAAAUCCCCCUCACUCCCUCACCCUAUCUAACAAAUCCCCCUCACUCACCCCAUCCAACAAAUCUCCCUCACUCCCUCACCCUAUCCAACAAAUCCCCCUCACUCCCUCACCCUAUCCAACAAAUCUCCCUCACUCCCUCACCCUAUCCAACAAAUCGCUCUCACUCCCUCACCCUAUCCAACAAAUCCCCCUCACUCCCUCACCUUAUCCAACAAAUCCCCCUCACUCCCUCACCCUAUCCAACAAAUCCCCCUCACUCCCUCACCUUAUCCAACAAAUCUCCCUCACUCCCUCACUCUAUCCAACAAAUCUCCCUCACUCCCUCACCCUAUCCAACAAAUCCCCCUCACUCCCUCACCCUAUCCAACAAAUCUCUCUGAUUCCCUCACCCUAUCCAAUAAAUCUCCCUCACCCUCUCCAACAACCUCACUCCCUCACCCCAUCCAACAAAUCCUCACUCCCUCACCCUAUCCAACAAAUCUCCCCACUCCCUCGCCUAUCCAACAAAUUUCCCUACCCUCACCCUAUCCAACAAAUCUCCCUACUCCCUCACCCUAUCCAACAAAUCUCCCUCACUCCCACCCUAUCCAACAAAUCCCCUCACUGCUCACCCUAUCCAACAAAUCCCCCUCACUCCCUCACCCUAUCCAACAAAUCCCCACCCCUCACCCUAUCCAGCAAAUCCCCCACUCCCUCACCUUAUCCAACAAAUCUCCUCACUGCCUCCCUAUCCAACAAAUCUCCUCACUGCCUCCCUAUCCAACAAAUCUCCCUACCUCCCAAGCAACCUAUCCAACAAAUCUCCCUCACUCCCUCACCCUAUCCAACAAAUCCCCCUCACUCCCUCACCUUAUCCAACAAAUCUCCCUCACUGCCUCCCCCUAUCCAACAAAUCCCCCUCACUCCCUCACCCUAUCUAACAAAUCUCCCUCACUCCCUCACCCUAUCCAACAAAUCCCCCUCACUCCCUCACCCUAUCCAGCAAAUCCCCCUCACUCCCUCCAACCUAUCCAACAAAUCUCCCUCACUCCCUCACCCUAUCCAACAAAUCUCCCUCACUCCCUCGCCCUAUCCAACAAAUCUCCCUCACUCCCUCACCCUAUCCAACAAAUCUCCCUCCCUCACCCUAUCCAACAAAUCCCCCUCACUCCCUCACCCUAUCCAACAAAUCUCCCUCACUCCCUCACCCUAUCCAACAAAUCCCCCUCACUCCCUCACCCUAUCCAGCAAAUCCCCCUCACUCCCUCCAACCUAUCCAACAAAUCUCCCUCACUCCCUCACCCUAUCCAACAAAUCUCCCUCACUCCCUCGCCCUAUCCAACAAAUCUCCCUCACUCCCUCACCCUAUCCAACAAAUCUCCCUCACUCCCUCACCCUAUCCAACAAAUCUCCCUCACUCCCUCACCCUAUCCAACAAAUCCCCCUCACUGCCUCACCCUAUCCAACAAAUCCCCCUCACUCCCUCACCCUAUCCCUUAAAUCUCCUCCUCACCUAUCAACAAAUCGCUCUCAUUCCCUCACCUAUCCAACAAAUCCCCCUCACUCCCUCACCCUAUCUAACAAAUCCCCCUCACUCACCCCAUCCAACAAAUCUCCCUCACUCCCUCACCCUAUCCAACAAAUCCCCCUCACUCCCUCACCCUAUCCAACAAAUCUCCCUCACUCCCUCACCCUAUCCAACAAAUCGCUCUCACUCCCUCACCCUAUCCAACAAAUCCCCCUCACUCCCUCACCUUAUCCAACAAAUCCCCCUCACUCCCUCACCCUAUCCAACAAAUCCCCCUCACUCCCUCACCUUAUCCAACAAAUCUCCCUCACUCCCUCACUCUAUCCAACAAAUCUCCCUCACUCCCUCACCCUAUCCAACAAAUCCCCCUCACUCCCUCACCCUAUCCAACAAAUCUCUCUGAUUCCCUCACCCUAUCCAAUAAAUCUCCCUCACCCUCUCCAACAACUCGCCCCUAUUUUUCCCGCACCCUAUGCAGUCACUAGCAAUUGUAAUAAAGGUAGCAAUAAUUAUUAUAGCAUGCUGGUUUCCUAGGUAUGUCACUUUCUAUGCAGUACACAUUGAUUUGCAGCAGGGGGCGCUGCCUCUGUUGUUCCUCGAAUGUCCUAUACUGGUCAUAAGCUGACACUGUGGAUCUGUGUCAGGGCUCGUCACCCAAAUACCAUGUGAUCAGUUACUUUGCAUAUCUGUGAUGUAACUUUCUGUAAAGGUAUUUACACCUGGGACUCUGGAGACACGUGAGGAUUUAGAACACGAUCUGACACAUCCAGCUGUUGCACAACUUGUACGGUGACCAAAAUUAGCUACAUAGCAUCCUGUCCUUAGCUGCACAAAAACACAUAGUUUGUGGAUUAUAACCAGCGAAGUGCUAUGUAAAUUAAAAACAGCUCAUCUACCUCUCUCCUACCGUAUAGACACAGUACAUAAUAAAUACAUAGUAACUCUUUAUUUCUUCAAUAUAAUUAUUUACAUAACUAUUAACCUAAGAGAUUAAAAAAAAAAAAAAAAAGUCAGGAAUAAAAUGACCUUAUAAAACCAUUAUUCAUAUUGUCAAGCGUUAACAAUAAAUGCCCUGGCCACUAUUUUUGGGUGAGACAGCAUACAGGUACUGUAUUUAAUUUAUUUAUAUGGUGGGUUUUGUUUACAUCUUUUUAACAUUAUGUUUUGUAUAAUUUCAAGGAAUACACUUAGCAGCCACUUGGGGCAAAAAUUGUCUCUGAGUGUAUUCCAGGGCUGGUGAAGUUUCAGGAUAUUGAGGAGCUAGACCAUACCCUCAUAAUUAGCCUUUGCCCACGGCUUGUUGGGCUCUGUCUACAUAACCCUGUGUAAUCAUGGCACACUCACCAGGGGUGAAUUUCUGCUGUUUUCACUGUUGGUGGCUAGUGGCAAGUUAAUAUUCUAAGCCCUGGCGUGCAUAUAUAUCCAUAUAUACACCCUAUUCCAAAUUAUUAUGCAAAUUAUAUUUUUCUCAUUUACCUAAAUAAUUGAUGUAAAUAACAGUCAGCAUAAUUCUCAUGUUAUCAACUAUUAAGAGUACAAUUCAAAUUUUAUUGAACAAACCUCCUAAUGAUAAGAGUAUUUUUUUUAAACAUAACAAACUUACAAUGCACUGUUCCAAAUUAUUACGCACAGUAAGUUUCAAAGCACUUUAUAGGUUGUAAAGAACUGAAAAUUGUCAUUUGUUGUGUUUGCAGCAUAUUUACUGAACUCAAAAGCUAUUUCAAUCAAACUUAUAACAACAUUUUAACUUUUUAAACAUUUUAACAGGUCACAUUACAUUUUAACAUAGGACCCCUUAUUUGAUAGCAGCUUCACAAGUCUUGCAUCCAUUGAACAUGUGAGUUUUUGGACAGUUUCUGCUUGAAUUUGUUCGCAAGAUGUCAGAAUAGCCUCCUAGGGCUGCUGUUUGGAUGUAAACUGCCUCCCACCCUCAUAGAUCUUUUGCUUGAGGAUGCUCCAAAGGUUCUCAAUAGGAUUGAGGUCAGGGGAGGAUGGAGGCCACACCAUGACUUUCUCUCCUUUUAUCCCCAUAGCAGCCAUUGAUGCAGAGGUAUUCUUUGCAGCAUAAGAUGGUGCAUUGUCAUGCAUAAAGAUGAUUUUAUUAUGGAAAGCAUAGUUCUUCCUUCUGUACAAGGGAAGAAAGUGGUCAGUCAGAAACUCCACAUACUUUGCAGAGGUCAUCUUUACACCUUCGGGGACCCAAAAGGGACCGACCAGCUCUCUUCCCAUGAUUCCAGCCCAAAACAGGACUCCACCACCGCCUUGGUGACGUCACAGCCUUGUUGGAACAGGGUGGCCGUCCACCAACCAUCCACUACUCUAUCCAUCUGGACCAUCCAGGGUUGCACGGCACUCAUUAGUGAACAGGACUGUUUGAAAAUUAGUCUUCAUGUAUUUUUCUGCCCAAUGCAGCCGUUUCUGCUUGUGAGCAUUGGUUAGUGGUGGCGCGAAUAGAAGGUUUAUGCACAGUUGCAAGACUCUGGAGGACUCUACACCUUGAUGUCCGUGGGACUCCAGAGGCACCAGCAGCUUCAAAUAUCUGUUUGCUGCCAUGUAAUGGUAUUUUAGCAGCUGCUCUCUUAAUCCGAUGCAUGGAUCUGGCAGAAAUCUUCCUCAAUGUGCCUUUAUCUGCACGAACCCGUCUGUGCUCUAAAUCAGCCACAAAUCUCUUAAUAGUGCAAUGAUCACGCUUAAGUUUUCAUGAAAUAUCUAAUGUUUUUAUACAUCGUCCAAGGCAUUGAACUAUUUCACUCUUUUUGGCAGCUGAGAGAUCCUUUUUCUUCCCCACAUUGCAUGAAAAUGGUGCUCUGCUUAAUAAUGUGGAACACCCUCCUUUAGUAGUUUUUCCUUAAAUUGGGCUCACCUGGCAAUCUAAUUAUCACAGGUGUCCGAGAUUGUUUUCACUGAUCAAAAGAGCCCUGAGACACAAUGCCAUCCAUGAGUUAAACUGAAAAACAACAUAUUUAAUCUUUGUGACACUUAAAUAGAAUUUGCAUACUAAUUUGGAACAGGGUGUACCACAACAUGCCAAUAGAAGUUAAUGUUCUCCUUAUAUCCUCUUUAAACCCUUUGAACUUGAUAAAAUGAUGUCCAUGAAAUAAAUUACAAAGGAAUUCAGCUAAACUUGAAAAUGAAGUCUGGCAUUUGAUCCUUAUUUUUGAUACCAGCUAUUUCCUGUACAGUAGACAUUGAUCACACUGUACUUUUCACACUGUACCUUCAGCUUAUGAUUCAUUUUCUGAUGUGAGCGUUAAGUUCAUGCGAUGAUGUAAUUACGUACAUUCCACAUUUCUAUCACGAGAUGAACAUCACUGACUUGGCAGAUGUUUACACUAUUUUCUCCGGCGAGUUGCCAUUUCAGGUAAUUGGGCUUCAUAAUCCUAAAGAUGGCAAAAUAGAAACAGAAAUGUAUAAAGUAAAUAAGGAAAUAGAAACACCCUUUAUGCUUCUAGAGAAAGGGAGUGUUUAGGGAGUUAGGAACAAGAAAUGUGCCCAUACUAAGUCAGACAAUUUUUCUAAUCUUAAUAAUUCAGCUGUGAUUUUUAUACAUGUUAAAACAACUUAAAGGAACAGUAUAGUGUUAGGAAUACAAGCCUGUAUUUCUAAUACUAUAGUGCCCUGUUCCCUAUUUAAAUUGAGCCCCUUCUUUGGCAAAGUAAAAGUAAAGAAAUGUCUUCGGCAAUGGAUGUCACAUCCAAGGAACCUCGUACAGGAGCAUUGGGAACAAGGUGCACAUAAGUGCCACACGUGGAUCCAAUCAAAUGCUUCACAUAAAAAAGUAUUGAAUUUAACACUUUCCUACAAGCAGCGUUUGGUCACAUGAUUGAGUUUCCCUUCAUUUUUGCUACAGAAGAGCCUCAAAUGGCUGGCUGGUAGAUAGCCACUAGGGGCGAGUCUAGCCCUGCAGUGGACACAUUGUAAAACUGUUACCUCUCACAUUGCACGAUUAAAAAACAUGGCCACUGCGCCCAAACCACUUCAUUCAGGUGAAGUUGUUUGGGUGCAUUUAGAAGUCCAGUAAUUAUUAAAAGUGUGUUAUGGGGGGUUGGGCCUGGCUGUUAUGGUGGGCAGACAUGCAUAUUGAGCGCUCCAAAAUAAUGCAAGAUGAUAUCUAGAUUAAAAAGUAAACCCUGGUUUACCUUCUCCCCAAUCUGUUGUAAAUUUUCAUCCAGGAGGAAAACCAAUUUUCGACUGUAAUUCCAUUUAGUCCCUCUGUAUUGGACAGUUGGUCUGUAAAAGGUCACCCCUUUCUCGCACUGUAUGGGAACCUACAAGCUUCAAAUAACAGUGGCUGCAUUCUAACAGCCAGGCAGUGGGCACAUGUAUUGUGUAUGGAAGUGAUGCAUCAAAGGUUUAGUGAGAAUGUGCACAUUUACAUGGGUUCGGAGGUGAGGUUUAAACUACAUAUCCCAUCUUUUAUUUUCCGAAAUCCUAAAUCUUAAAUAGCUCUCUACAAAACUAAUAAAAUAAAUAAACUCAUACCUGGUACACAUAGCUAUCGGUGAAGUUUCCCAGUAACAGUAUGCCUUUUAUGCCUUGUUUUGAAACAUGCUCUUAAAAUGGUGAGGGAUUUCCUUAUUGUUGUCCCCCUCCUGAUUUUCAUUCUUCCUAUGCCAAUCGGUUAGAUGCAUUUUUCCUAUUAAACUAAAGAUUACAUUUCAGAAGUUGAAUUUUGGGAUUAGAUGAAAUAAUAUUAAACUUGUAUUUUGCUGUUUUUUCAGCUAUUCUCCCUAAAAUGAAAAACCAUAAAGAAGAGCCAAAUGUGUCCAUCAACACUUCAGACAAAUUCCUGUAUGUCCAACAGCUGCGUAAAAAAAGGCUAAGGGAAUUUUGUCCCCAACACCCUGAACUCAGUCGUUUGGAAUCCGUACAUGGAGUGGAGGAUCUUCUCUCUAGAAUGAUAGUGAAUGAAAAGCUACAAAUUGUGUAUUGUAAGGCUGGAACCUCCGGAAUGGAUCUUUGGGAAAAUCUCCUGCAAAAGAUUAAGAGAAGAGAUGAUGUAACAAUAGAGACACCAGUCAUUGACAAUAACGUCCUCAACUCAUCAUUGGUUUCCAAGCAACAAACCAGUUACAACUUGACAAUGGUGGAAAACAUCUUCCGAACUUACACAAAAGUAGUUUUUGUCAGAGAGCCUUUCGAAAGGCUUGUUUCUGUCUACACUCAAGGCUUCGCAGGUGAGAUGACAUUCAGUGAUCUUUUAGAAGAUGUUCUCGACACAAUAGAUGAUGACAUGUUUAGACCAAUCGUCACUUUGUGCCACCCUUGCUUUGUCAAAUAUGACUACAUAGUAAUGCACGACUUUUUAAGAACGGAGGUUUUCUACCUAAUGAAACGAAUAGGCCUACCGGAUUAUAUACUGCAGCCAGAGUUUUCAGACACACAGUCCAAAAUGACCCAUAAAUGGCUAAUGGAAAAUCUGUUUAGGGGGCUGACUAGACAGCAAAUAAAGCAGCUUGCCAAAGUUUACAGCCUGGAUAUUGAAGCUUUCAAUUUUCAUAAGAGUUUGCUUUUGAAGAAUUACAUUGGGAGGUUUGGAUAAUAGACUGUUACAGUCAACAAAGCCCCCAUUGACCAUAAAUGUACAGUGGAAUUGAUAUGCUGCUACACGUCAUACAGACAUUAGGCCGAAUUAUGUUGUCCCUUAGACGGCCACAUAUUAACACUUUGUGUUUCCAAAAAGUUAUCUCAAGCAAUGACUUCCAUUGGGAAACCGUAGAUUAAUCAUGUCGAAAGAUCAGUUCCGCAUCAUCACAAACCCCUUCAUGGCCACAGUUAGCCAUCACUGUCUUAGAGGACCGUUGACCAACUACUCAUCCACAAGUCCGAUGAGAACCUAAAGCAUAUCUGCACGGACCACAUGCUGAACAAAAUAUGAAUUCAACAUGUUUAGUAUUAUAAGUGAAGGGCCCUACUUGCUUUUGUCUAAGUGCCUUGUUGUCAUUAUAUGAUAUUUAAAGUGUUACUCUAACAUCAUAACCAUUACAAUAAAAGAUACAAUAUGGUGUAGAGCUUAAAAUCGUACCUCAAUUACAAAGUGCUGAAACAUAAAGUUCUUAAAUCAGUGCUUAAUCUUAAAAAAGUGUUCAGCACAACCAAAAUUGGACAUGCAUGGAUUGGAUCAUAUAUCAAAGUAAAUCUCAGGGCAGAUGCAAGAACAUAAUUGACUAUUGUGUAAAUUUGUGCAAAUCACCACAAAAUAUCAAUUAAAAAAAUUGUUUAUAAGUACCAGUGACUCACAAAUGCCACCUUCAAUGUGCUAUUGCAUAACACAAUUAAGAAGUGAUUUAUAAUACUUGUGGUUGGGGACAAAAGCUGGUGUAUAGUGCAAAGUUGGUUGUGGUGUGCCGAAACCAACGUAUUGGUAGGCCUGUAAAUAAAGAGGGCCCACCAAGGUAGUGAUAUGAGAAAGAGGGGAACGGUUGGGUGAAAUGAAUGGCAAUAGCCUGAGUUUACAUAGGCUGCUUUACCCCUCCUACGACUACAUGCCUUUGCCUUGAUAUCUGUGGUCGGAGACAAAAGUUGUGGUAAGGGAGCAAAGCUGCUUGUGGUGUGCCAAAACCAAUGUAUGGUUAGGCCUGUAAAUCAAGAGGGCAAAAAGAAUUCCAAAAAUGCUCACAUACUACAUAAUACAAUUACAAAGUCACACUCUUAAAUGCUUUACUUAACUCUUUCUCUGGUUUAAGAAUACAGUAUAUCUAUUGUAAACAGGAUUUCCAGCAUCCUAGUCUUUUAAUUAAAUGCACUGGAAUAUCUCUGCUAGAGGAAGUUGAUGCAGCUCCAAUUCUGAAUGAAUGACCUGAAAAUGUAGUCGGGUCUAGUCCAAGUCUCAUAAUUAGUGUUCUGAUGUGAAAUAUGAAUUUAGCUGUGAGAGGUUUACCAUGUGAUGAAAUAAGUGCUUAUUACCUGGAUGACCUGUUAUAGUGUGGCAGUAACAGUCCAGAGUUUUAACUAGGCACUAGCUGCUGUCUGUGGGAAAAAGUAUUAUUUCUACUGGAGGACCCACUUGGUUGGUUUUGGUGUGUCUUAAUAUGAGUACAUAAUGAUCUGUAGUUUUUAUGAGAUCGUGAACACUAAGACACCGUGAUUGAUGUGACAAUGUUGCUUUUGUAAAUAAUUUUGGUCUAAAGAAACUGUAGAAGGUUAUAUAUUUGGUGGCCUCAAUUACUGAAUUGGUGUGAGAUUCAAAUGGGUGAUUAUCUAGUAUGUCGUAAAGCACUCUGAAUUUUGGCCCAUCAAUAGGUUGUUGUUUGGGGUUUACUGGACGGUCUACUUGGUGUGUGCCUUUUUAAUGGGGUAUGGAGGCAUGGAAGGUUUGUGAUUAUGAAUGAUGGUUAGAACUAUUGCCCUGCGUACUUGUGUUAACAGGCUUUAAUGCUGGAGUGACCAUAGGAGGGUUAGAAAUUCCAGCAUUGGAAGACUCUAAUUUCAUAAGUCUCUUGUUUAUGGAGUGAAUUGAUGACAGAAAAGUUGUCAUCAUGGCAUGCGUCUCUGUUAGACUGUCUGUGUUGCCACCCUGAAAACUGGUGCCUGGCCUGGGAGCGUCUGGUUGUGAGGUCCUUGCUGUAGCCUGGAAAGGAGUCUCUAUUGUUGGGGAAAAUAUUAUGAUUAUAUAUAUCUGUUUAAUAUGUGCUUGACACACAAGCUGCACAUAACAUCGCACAGCACAUACACAAUGUAGCAGAUAGUAUUAGAUACAUG